UGUUACGAAUUUAUCCAAUAUAUCUCUUCCAUUUCCCAGUCAGAAAUAUAUGGCAACCACGACAAUGGCUUCAUCAUUUCAGCAUGUUACUCUCGGUUGCAGCAAUGCCAAGGCAGAUGCUGCUCCUUUGCUUCAUGUCCAGUAUUUGUCUCGAACAAACUUUGGACUCUCAAGGUCGCUGAUUUACUGUGGCUCCUCAAGGAUGGGCAAGAGACUUCCACUGAAGCCAAUAUCUGCUGUGGGUUCAGGUUUAGAGGCAACAAUAACAGAUCCAGACAAGAAUCAAAUUAGCAUUAAAAAUGUUGAGAUAGUAGUGGAGUCUAAGAAUGAUGAUAAGAUGCAAGUAAGGGUCGAUUUGCCUGGGAAAGAAACACAGAUAGUUUUUGAGAAAAUUCUCAGAAACUUAGCUCGUACAGCUCCACCGGUUCCUGGAUUCCGCAGAGAAAAAGGAGGGAAGACAUCUAAAGUCCCAAAGGACUUCCUCCUGCAAAUCAUUGGUGAAGAUCGAGUUACAAAGUUCACUAUCCAAGAGAUUGUGAGCACAACAUUGGCUGAUUAUGUGAAGAAGGAAAAUCUGACUGUUAAGGAGAACAAGAUCAACACAACUCAUAGCAGCUCCAGUUUUGCCACUUUAUAA